CUGUCCUCCGGUCCGAAUGAAGAACACACUGGCUCGGUCACGAAUGCUACAGCGAUUGCGAGUCGGUCACCAGAUUGUCCAAGUAGUCCGCAAUAUUGGAUGAACCUGAAGCCAAAUGCAACAACUGAUGCGUCUUCUUCAAAGCUAGUCGAAACUCUCCAAACAUCCAAUAUCAAAGCGCAGCCAUCUCACACGAUUCCAGGAAACGUAUUCUCUGAGAUUGAGCAGGAUUCUCAUCCUUCAGCUUAUAUACCAAAACAAAGCGGAAGGCAUUAUGACACAGGUGACGAUGGCUACAAAAAGGAUGAAAAUCAACACUUAAAAUAUGAAGAUUUAGACAGAGAUGCUGCAGCGGACUUAGACGUUGAUGAUAGAGGUUCGACAUCGGAUUCGACCGACUCCCAGAUCACUCCAAACGUUUCGGAAGUGAAGAAGCUGUUUCUAUACAAUCAAAAUAUAUCUACACCAGUUAUCACAAAGGAACCCGAAGCUUCCAGUAAUUGCUGUCCUUACGAGAAACUUCAGAAGGAUAGAGUAGUAACACAAGUGAGUAGCACAGAUUCGCAACAUUGGUUGGGCUACGGUAGUUUCAAUGCAGCAUUCAAUGAAAGCGAGUGCUUCCAGGAUCUGCACCAGUUGCCUGCGCAUGAAAGCAGACAUACGUCGUCUAGCGUGUGUUUUGGCAUGCAAUGGUCCCCGGACUCCUAUAAGGAAACAUGCGAUAUAUUCUGCCAGAGAAAAUCACUGAAAAAUGCGACGGAGUUCAUGGACACGGAUGAGUGGGAUGUAGUAGAGGAUAGAUCAAAUCCGGACAAUACUUCGGGUGCUUCGGGAGCAAUCUACCGGAUGCCAGGCAGAGAAACGAUGGGGAACGAUAUAAUAACGCGGAUGCAGUAUAUAGUACCAGGAGCAACGAACCAGACAAAAACUGGAGUGAUCGAAGGAAGCUUAUUGCAAGGAUCCUCUAGUACAUCAAGGAAUAACAACUCACGGUAUUCGGAAGAAAACUUCCCGGUGACAGAUACUUCGCAUUUGGAGCAAUUUGUUCAGUCGGUAACAGGAAUGCGUGAACUGCAAAGCGAGCCAACAGCUGUGACUUGUGGUUUCUUGGACAAUCUUAUACAACCAUCUUUAACCGAUACCUAUCAUCUCGGUAUGGGUAAUUGGAAUCAAGCCAAUGAACCUGUAAGGGCCAUGAGAAACUUAUUCGUUGAUGUAAAUAUGUACGACGGAGAAGUGGCAAGCCAGUCGGAGGUGUCUGCCAAGCCAACGUGUAGUGACGCGGCUGGGAUGGUAUGGGUACAAACAAGCUCGAGGACUCGCACAGCAUGCACCUACCUUAGUAGCAUUAUUCAAAAGGAAUCGCAUGAAAACACCAGAAAAACACGGAAUGAUUUACAAACAGAAGGAUCGGCAAAUUACUGUUCUUUCACGCAGUACGAAUCACGAGAUACAACAGAGCUGGCUGUUGAAAGUAACCAGAGCCCCAGAUGCCAGUCACCCCAUAAACUCCAAUCUCCAGCAUUAGACUCAGAUGAGAAGCUGGCGACUGAUUUGGAUGGUUACCUUAACUCCUCCACCUCAAGUCGGCAGCCGAUGACUGAGCUGGUGGACAGCCGAGUAUAUGUCGAUUCUUCACUGUCGAGCUUUACACCUUGGCCAACGGGUUCAGAACAAGAACCAGUAAAUCUUUUGCGACGCUGUCCUCAUUUUGAAAAUAUAAGCAGUCUUUGGGAGUGUUACUCAGGUGACGUUGAAAGUGCAGUGCCUAAGUCACUCAAGGUGCCAGACGCGCCGUUUGAUGCCCAAGAGGAGGAAUUCGACUAUAGUGAAGGUGUUAACGACAAACUGACGAGAACUUGGUUCCGUGAGACUUCGCAGAGAGAUCAACAACCGCAAGCGUUGAUCGAUUUGCAACAAGAAGAUGUCAUGUGGUCCAACUUAUUCAGUCCAUCUGACUCACUGGUGGAGUCUGCCAAAGAAGUCUCGUUACAGCUGAAUUUGAUGAGCGUAACUGGGGAUGAUGAAGCCGAGGCGGUGGACGCAUUCAUGCAUCGCACUUCCUCAUUGGAUCACCUGAAAAAAUUGUCGUCUGGAUUAGUUUGGCCAGGUGCGAACAUCAGUGAAGUACAGGAAACAUUUUUGCAACAAAAUCCUGACUUCUCCACAACUUUACCCAAGGAGCAGUACCAUACCGACGAUCCAGAAUCGAGAGCCGUACUGGCAGAGGAACAGUCAGCCCUUCCAGAGGUGCGGGGUCAGGAUGACCGUGAAUGUAAUAAACAUGGUUUGCACAUUCAGCAGACGUGUGCAACUAUAAACUCAAUCAUCCCUUUUGCAAACACAUCAGAGGCAAUGAUAAAUAUGAUUAGCCAAUCGAGCAUGCACCAGGAAAACACCUCGAUAGACUGCCAAACAUCCAAAGUUGGCAAUGAAUUAGGCACAAACAAGAGUGACAGCGCGGAUACGGUGGUGCGGAGUUUGACCAUAGCCCGGAACAAGGUGAGCUAUGGUGAGAUUGACCGACCAGACGAAGCGCAGAUAGACCACGUGACAUCUAGGCCUGUCCGCGACAUCCCAUUGGACAGCUAUGGUGAGGACACACGGCUUGGAAGCAAAUGCGUGGGUGAUAAUAACGCAUCUUCCCUACAGAUUGCGUUUGGGACGCUAGGCUCUGCUGUCGGAGUAACUGGCUGUCUCAGUCCGCUGUUCGAUGUUGACCAAUCGAUCGGAAGUCCGUCAGUCAGUAUCAACACUGGCGAGCAGACGGGAGCGGAAGUGGACACCCGAUCGACACAGUUUAACGAAUACGCUACUGCUUGCACAGGCCAUAAUUGGUAUGCAGCCCCAUUGCGUAUAUCGGAUCUGCGCAAUUUGAUUUAUCCAAGUGAGCAAAAGUUCCGGAACGAGCCAGAGAUUCCAUGUUUCACGAGUAAGGCAGAAACUGCUGUUGAAUUAACCGGAGGACCUAUUAAUCAUGGUGGAAUUACAACGGACGUAUCAUACAAUACUAGCCCAAAGGAGUUAUCUAUUUUGAGCACCGAUAACUUACCACUGUUCUAUUUGGAGCAGCCUCCGGUACAAUCCCGGAGACACGAGGAGUUCGAGUCCUUUGUACCUUCAGUGUGUUAUACCUGGUUAGGAACUAAGACUUCUGCUGACCCCGGAUUGUCUAUUGUGAACCCUAAAGAUCGCUCAGCCACUGCUGCGUCCUCUAUUUCCGAUCGAGGGAGAGAAAUUGCGAAGAGAGCCCUGAUUUCGAAACGACCCACCAGCCCUGAUACUCACUACAGUUUUCUCUGUCACUGGGAUAAUCCACUAACAGCUAAUUUCUCAGCGGACCCGUCGGACUUCCUCAGAGAAUCGGGAUUAUUUACUGCACAUAAAUGUUCACUGAAAGCAAUUACCUGUACGGGCUGGAGGUCUUGCUACCCACGCGUAACAGAUGAUUGCUUGUUCAGCCCAGAGGACAGCAUUUCUGACUUUGUAAUAACUGAGCAACCGAGGAAUUUUUAUAAUAGGCUUUUACAUAACAGUCUCUUAGCAACACGCACAUUUAAAAACAAUUUCUCACAACUGUUGAUUGUAGAAACCGAACCUGUUACUCUGAGUAAAGCAAAGCAUCGGCUGAACCUCCUCCAGCGAAUACAAGAAGAGGCUGUGCUCACAUUGGAAGAACACACUCCUGCGUCAACAGAUCUGCAGACGGAACUAAUGCAUUCACACGCUGACUGCGUUUUACGUCGUAGACGGCCUCGUUCUUCUUCCUAUACUUACUCCACGCAUCCCUCAACAGAUGGCUUAUUUUGCACUCGUAGACAAGAUGGAAGACGUCGCCACUCUUCCCACGCGUGGGAAACUGGUGACAAAUUUUCCGCAGUGGGACGCUUUAAAGCUGUGGAUGAUUCUUAUGCUGAUCGGCAUCUUGUGAAAGAUGAUUUUGACUUACACAGAUUUCAGAGGUCACCUAGCAUGCAUCGGCUUAGCUCACGAAUCUAUGCACGAGAUGAUGAAUGGCAUCCAGUGCACGAUCCUGUGUUUGGAACCGGCUACGGGUCAUCUUGCGGUGGCCGGUAUUCUGCCAAUGGGUUCUUCCGCUCUUCCCACAUAGAGCCGAGAGAUGUGAGAUACUUUGCUCCGAAUUCCUCUACCUGUGAUUGUCCGCGUGCCAUUCAUACAGGGAGUUAUUUGUACCCAUCAAAGUUCACAGUCCAGCCCAAGACCGUGGUGAACCGUCAGGUUAAGCGUGAGUCAGUGCGCCUACGACACAAUAUACUCGACGGGGAUAUUCCGCAUUAUACCGGAAAAUGGCAAACUGAAAGUGAUGCUUACUCCGCGGUAGCAAGUUUCUCGAGCCUGCUGAGACGGAAUUAUGAGGAGGACUUAAGAAAAGCAAAAACCUGUACGGCACAGGAUCCAUUCUCACACAGUGGUCGCAGUUUGGGAUAUCUAAAGGAGAUUUUGCAACGCGAUGGAGCUGAAUGUCACAUUUACUCUCCCAGGAUCUCCCCAGUAGCUUAUUCACUGAAGAGGCCAGCAUCUCUAAGAUCUGCUCCAGCACCUUCUGGCUAUAGAGGAGGCAUGUUAUCCAAAUCCAUAGAAUAUCUGGGUCCAAAAAAUUACUUUAAGCUUGGUGCGUUCGACACCUCAAUGCACACCUUAAGGGCUCGUUUGGCUGCUGCUCGUUCCGAAUCAUAUUUGAACAGUGCAAUGGAAGAAACCGCCGAACCCUUGAUUGAUACUUCUGAAAUAAAAUAUAGAUCGCUGGAUCGCCAUUACGGACGAGAGGAUCGGACAACAGUGCAGCUUAGAAGACAGGUGGAGAGGCAGCACCGCCAGUUGUUGGAAAACCUCUUCAAGGAAACUUCGUCUGAUUUCGGCUUGGCCCCUUGCAUGUACACAGACCCAGUUACCACUGUAAGUGCUAUCUGCGAUCAGCUUUACCAUCCCACAACUCUUGGUGCAGUAUUGGAUGAUAAAACAAUGAACUAUCCCCCACAGGCUCCUCUGAUAAGCUCCACAAUGGCACCACCAAUUUUCACUACGGCGGCGUUACAAAACAUGGCUGAUGGGUAUUCAGCCUGGACCAGCAGUGCUGCUUCCUUCACACCAGUGAAUCGACCACCUUCCGAUGUUCUCCUCAGUACACAAACGCCACCCUCAUUAGAGUAUACUAGCACUCAGUUGCAACCACAAACGCUGGUACCUCAGAGUGAAGAGCUGACAGGCCCCGUUGAUUCCAAUGCUAACCUACUGGAACUGUUACAAGAUCCGAAGUUUCUGCAAUCAGUUGCUCUAAAUCCGGAGCUAACUGCACAACUGGCAUCUCUGUGCUCUGAUUUCACUCUUACGGACGCUAACCAAGUGACGCUGGCAGCAAUGACAGGCGCCAUUACAGCCACUGCCAUAGCGAAUGCAGGGUUAAUUGAUGGAUCGGUGUGUAACUUAGAUGGCUUAUGGAACUUGGCGAACGACCCAGGUGUUAGCGAAUUCAAAGAACAAGAACCUUACCCCCAAAACGACUGGAUACAUUCAGCAACCAAAACUUCAGAACAGCCCGCUUACGCGCUUUCGAGUCUGGAUAGCGAGAGAUUAGAACAAGUGCUGCAACAACUCAGAAUGGUUCUAAAUAAGGACCUUGACUCUCAGAACGAAGCGAAUGCCGAAAUGGCUGACAGGGACGAAUCAGAUGCGAGACAUUUAGCGCAGACGAUGCGGUACAAUGGGCUUGCUCACGCUGUGGACAGCAAUAUUUCAGCCCAUCCGAGCUCUUUCCCUGCUAACACCCAGUCGGAGUGCAUCAGACCAAGUGAAGCAGUAAACAGUUGGCUCGUGACUAACUCAAAUUUCACAGAUCGCGCACAAUCCAAUGAGCGUACGGAUCUUCUGUUACCAGCGAUGGACUGGCCAACGUUUGUCACAGCGCAGCCCACACCCAGGCCCACGUGCGGCAAGCAUGAACGCGCUAAACACGUGUAUGAUUUUCCUACUAAACGGAUUUUGAUCAUGCGCGACUCAAGGGAUCGGUAUCAAAAAAAGAAUGGUAUCGGUAUGCGGAUAGUCGGUGGACAUGUCCGGUCAGACGGACGACUGGGUGCAUUUGUGGAGGAAAUUGAUCCGCGAGGCUCCGUAGAUCAACUUCACGGUGAAAUCCAAGAAGGUGACGAAAUACUUGAAUGGAAUUCUGUGUCGUUGGUCGGACGAACCUUUGAGGAAGUGCAAGCUAUCAUCAGUCAAGUGACGGAGGAGACAGAACUGCUUGUCAGAGCACGUGAAGACGAGCAACAUGGAAGUGCUGGACAGCCUUGGGACAGAUCAGUUGUAAAGCAGAGUAGACAGCAACCGAUGGGUAAGUUCCACUUGCUCUGUACGUGA